UUCAUUUCAUUUUAGUUUUCAUUUUAUUUUUAAACUUUUAAUCAGUUUUUAAUCAAAUAUUGAUUUAAUUAAUGAACACAUGUUUUGACGAAAAUGUUUACAAUUGACUGAUUGUUGUGUUUGUUUGCGAAUCGGACACAGAUUGGGGACAAUCGACCGAAACAAUGGUUCUGCGGAUCAAUUCAAGUGAUUGAAUGUCAUGUCUUGUGAUAAUAACAUAAAAUGCAAUUCAAUUCAAAUGUUUUGCUAAUUUGUGCCACAAUUGCCUCAAAACACUGUCUAAUCAAUUGAUACCAUUUCUCUGGAUGUCUUGAGUCUUGACUUCUUCGGCAUCAGUGAUGGAAGACUACGAUUACGUGCGAAACAUGACUCUCAUGUUCUUCUUGGACCGACUGAUGGCCAAAGACCAGCCGCGGACUCUUCACGACCUCUCGUGUCAGUUCGGGACCAAAGGCUUCACGAAAGAGAUGCGACAAAUCGCCGGCGGAAGUCAGUCCGGACUCAAGAAGUUUCUCUCACAAUACCCGUCAUUGUUCUCUAUAGACUCGGAUCAGGUGUCGAUCACUCCAUUAGUUAAAGAGACGAACGGAACCGAAGGCUCCGGACGACGGGAUUACACUCGAGAAGCGGUUGAGUUCUUCAGGGAAAAGUUGGCCCAAUAUGGCAACGCAGAGGUGCCCCUCAAGAGUCUGUUAGGCCAUCGAUCGCAGGCACCGCCAGAAGUACGGCACGUCUCCGGUCAACACUCCCGAGAAUUCAAGGAUUUUUUGUGCAAACACUCGGAUGUGUUUGUCGUCACCGAUGAAUACGUGGUCCUCCAGAGUGUGAUCACAAAACUGGAGGCCGACGGCAAGACCAAGGGAUCGCUGACUAGAAUGCCCGAAGAAGUGCCAUUUGAUCCCUAUCUCUCUCAACAGUUCAUUUCAAUGCUUGAGAUAGAGAUAACGCAACUGAUCCCACAAUACUCGUCAAAACUGACCAUCGAUUUGCUGUUUAAUCACUUGAAGAACAAUUGCACCGAAGAAUUGUGGACUAAUUUUUCAGACAACUCUCAACUCAAGUACAAGAAUAUGGCCAACAAUUUGGCCAAUAAUCACAACAAUAAUAAUAACAAUCUAUGGGUCGGAACGGAGGCCAACAUUAUUCGCAAUACACGGAUAAUCAGCAAAACAAAAGACGGCGAAGAAGUGGUCGCAGAUAUUCUUAAACACAACACAUUUGUGGGCAUUGACUGCGAAGGCGUCAAUCUAGGCGUUGGCGGACAAAUCACUUUAGUGCAGGUGUCAUACAUGAGCGCAUCUGAUCCACACUCUCCUGUGCCUAAGAUAUCCAUAUUUGAUGUGCUCUUAAAUCCAGAUCUUCUCAAAACAUGUCUGAAAGCGCUCUUUGAAUCGGAAAAAGUAAUUAAAGUGAUUCACGACGUGAGGAAUGAUAGCAGUUGUCUACACAAUCAGUACGGGAUUACCAUAACUAACAUCUUUGACACACAAGUCUCGCAUUCAAUAAUACAACAGCAGAACACAGGAAGGCCUGCAUAUAAAGCUAAAUACAUAUCUCUAAACCAUUUGUGCGAACUCUACGGCGGCGCCGGUUGUCCAUCGAAUCCAAAGAAGGAGCAAAUGAAGAAAGUCUACCGAAAGGAUCAAAAGUAUUGGAGUCACAGACCGUUGACCGAAGAGAUGAUAUUUUACGCGGCGUUUGAUGUGUACGCUCUCGUGCCCGACGUCUACAACAAUAUGUUGAAAUCAAUUCGCGCCGAAUAUAUGCCUUUACUUAAACAACUCAAUUAUGAGGCCGUCUUCGCCAAAAUAGAUGCCGAGAAAGUGAAACAAUUGAAAAAACAACGCAAACUCGAUAUGGAAGUCACGGAUUUGAAGCUCAAACUCUUCAACACUGAAGCAAAACAAAUUGUGUUAAGCAAUCGAGAGAUCAGACUAUUGAGAUAUAUUGAUCUCACGGAUGAGAUUCGAGUGAAGAUCGAAGGCUCACAAAAAGUGGCCAAAAAGUUGGAGAGAAUUGAUAAGAAAGGGUUGGAUUCAGGCACUGGUUCUGCAACCGUUCAGAGCUUAGAUGGAAACGACAGUUCUAGUGAUGAAGAGUCCGAUAAAAAUUCGGACAUCGAUUCAGACAUUGAAGUCGAAGAUUCGAUGAAAAGCGCGGAACUAAACAAUUAUGUCUUCAGUCCUUCCGAUUCUCUGAUAUCAAACAAAAGUUGUUGUAAUUGUGUUUGUCAUCAGAACGGCUCCAAUGAAUUGAGUCCAAUCAAAACGACCGCUAAUAAUAAUCAUGUGAAUAGAGGGCCGGUUUGUGAGGCAUCGGUUCAGACACUGUCCACCGGAGACAUUGUUAUCACUAAAGUGUUCUUCGAAGAGAAUCCGCAAUAAUUAUGUUGAAAAUAUUUAAAGCCUUAGCAAAAAAUUAAUUUAUAGAUUAAAUUAAUUUAAGUAAUAAAAAGCCUUUCAAUUGAUUGAUGUGGAGCUGAACUACACGUCCAGACCUAUUGGCGAAACAUAUCUUGCAAUACAUAUAAAAAGAGUGCAUAUUUUUGACUGAAGUAUUAUUAGUAGAGCUAUUGUUUAUGAUAUGAGUUGGCCUUAAAUGGGACUACUAUUGGGCUCCACAUCAUUGUAUAGUAUUAUUAUAGAAAAUGUUUAUAAUUUAUUUAUUUGCAAAUCCUUUAAAUCAAUAUUUACAGCAAUCAAAGAGCUCUGAAUGGGAUAUAAAAUGUUUGUUAAAUAUAUUUUGAAUCAUAUAUUUUGAGCGACGAAUUUAAAUGAUACACGAAUUGUUGGCCAAAAUUCAUAAUAACUGUUAUAUCGCUUAUGAAUGCAUACAAAAAACAGUAUUUAUUUGAUAAAUAUUCUGUACUUUUUUUGGG